UUUUCUAUUAUGGAGUGUUCUAUGUGAACCGUGCUUUUGCGUAUCGUGUUUCUUUCUAAUACAAGGUUGGAAAUCAGAUUUCGUGAUUUCUUUUAUUUAAUUUUAAAGAACUGAGUGCGUCAGAAAUAAGAAUGACACGGUGUUUUUGUAAAAGAGAUCAGAGAAAAACUGAAUUGUGACGAGGGAAAAGAUUGAAAGUGAGGAAGAGAUAAGACGAGCAUCAUUCAUCUCUGUUUCUAUCUCGAUAGUGAAAGAACGAAAGAAGUAGUUAUAGGAUAUUUCAGUCAUAUCAGACAUUUCUGCCCACGCUGUGAAAUGCGCUAUGCAAAAAUACGAUCGAAGAGAAGACAGCAAGGAUCGAUGGUGUCCCGUGGACAUUCUGAAAUAUUAAUCAUUUAGUGCUUAUAAACGACGACGAAUUCGCUUGAAAGUUCGGAAUUAUUUUAAAUUCGAACGAAUCGGUGAAGAUAAUGAAGCAGAAGAGUUAGAAAAAAGAAAGUGGCAGAGGAGAAGAAAGAGAAGUGCAUCGAGAGAAAGAAAAACAAAUAUCGAGAAAAUAAUGUGACAGGCAAGUUGGGUCGAUGAGUCCAGGUGUUGUCCUGUGAUUCACUGUCAGUUUAGAAUGGAUCACGUGGAUCAAUCAAGUGCACGUACGGAGAAUAACGCGUCCUCGAACAUGUCUGUAGGUUCGCGAAUAACGAGGAAUUGUUCGCGAUGUCGAAAUCAUGGACAAAAAAUUGCCCAGAAGGGCCAUGGAAAAGAUUGUAAGUACCGCGAUUGCGUCUGUGAACGUUGUAAACUUUUUUCCGAUCGACGAAGCAUGAUGGCCCGGCAUAAUGAAAUGAGAAGAACUAUGGCUCAAGACGAGGAUUCAACAUCACUCUCCAUAGAUGGAUCCUCGCUCGGUUCAGGUCCGCAAUCGGUGAAGAAUCUCGAGGGAAGUUACGACAGCAGCAGUGGCGACUCACCAAUCAGCAAUCACGGAAGCAACGAAACUCAGGACGGGAACAGCGACGUUGCCGGAAUUGCUUCCUCAAAAAAGGCACCGUCUUCAAAUCGUUCGCCAGCCACAACGUCCUGGCCACAAUGGCAGGCCGGGGCGGAUUCAAAUGCAUCUUGGGACGCAUCCUCAACCUCGAACAGCGGCACCAAUUCACGUACGAAACCGACGUGCACACGUUGCCGUAAUCAUGAUGUUACUAGCAUUCUUAAGGGUCACAAGAGGUACUGCGACUUUAUUUACUGUCAUUGCCCCAAAUGCCGUAACACGCUUAAGCGGCAAAAGCAAAUGGCAAAACAAACCGCACUUAAAAGGGCUCUUAUACAAGACGAGGAACAGAUAAGAAAGUAUGGCAAGUUGGUGAUGCCAGCGAUGCCUCCAGUAGAAAACAAGCAUGUACCAACUGUUCCUCAACCAGCGUGGAACAUCGAAGGCAGUUACGGUGGCAUCAAUGGCGUACUUAAUACUCCAACUCCAAGAAAAUUGCCAGUCGUAGAUACGCAUUUGCCUUCUUCGAUUCAUCAGAUUCAACCACAACCUAGCACCAACGUUGAAAUUGUAUUGGCACACAGUACGAAUCUCCUGCAACGAUUCCGAUAUCCUUGGGAUAUGUUAACACUAAUGUAUGUCACAGUGAAGUAUGCCGGUGCAAAUCUUGACGAGGCUCUCAGACGUAUCGAGGAAGUUAAACAUUGGAUACCGGACGUUUACUCAAUAUUAAUUAUAUAUAUAAAGAAAAAUUUUUUAUUACUCUUAUACAUUGCUUUUGUUAUAUGCACUUAUUAUUCAAAAAUUGAGAAGAAUUUCGAACGCGACUUUAAUAACAUUAAUAAUAAUUUAUUUAUGACUUGUAAGAGGAAUUAUAUAGACUGUUUUAUUUAUAUUUAAUGACAUAGAAGGUGAAUAUAGAUUUUCAGAAACAAACAAAAAAAAAAAGAAACAAAAAACAAAAACAGUUAUAUGUUACUAAAUCAUUUUAUAUUGAAAUAAUUUAUAAUUUUUUAGAAAAUUUUAGAAAAUAAUUUGUUAUUGUCCAUAUUAUCAUAAUAUAAAGCUAAUGAUAAUAUUACUAUUGUCGUUGAAGUUGGCAAAGUUUGGCAAAGUUUCAAGUAAAUUUAAUCACGUAUGUUGGAUCAUAAAAAUAAACUAUCUUCGUGCGCACAAUGAUACUCUUCUCUUAACUUAUACCAAUUCUCAAAUUCGAGAGUGUAAUUUACGUAGAACGAUCGUAUUUGUCAACCCAAAAAUAACAUUCCAUCGUGUACGUUAGCAAAUAUGUUAAUAUAUAUAUAUAUUUAUGAAAUGCAUCAAGUAGGAUAUAGUUAAAUCAUUAGAUUUUAUUGUUUUAACAGUUGCAUUCCUAUUUUAAUAAAUAAACACACGAUGAUAUUUAAUUCAAUCUUAACGAUGUUAUUUACUCCUAUAUUAUACUGCUUGAGUAAUUUAAAGUCACUAACUCUCAUGAUGGAUAAUGAUUGUAUGCUCUAUUAAAAAAACAUUUAUUAAACUGUUAUUAAACAACUCGCAUGGACUUGAUUCGCGAUCAUGGCAUAUCUUACGAUUGUAAAAAACAAUUAUCUAAUACGUGAUGAACAAACCUUAUGCUUUCCUCUUUUUUUUUUCAUAUUUUUUCAUAUAUUUAUUUAUUACUAAUAGAAGAAGGAAAGCGUAAAAACGUUGGAAAAUAAACGGAGAUAUAAACUCAUAAAGCGAUCAAGAUAAUAUUUUAUAUGAGUUACGUGAAGCGUAAUAUCAAAUGUUUAAUAUUAAAAGCCAACGGUCAUAUCAUUUGUGUUAGUUGAAACAUAGCAUUAGAUAUGUAAGCUUAUUUAUUGUACCGCGAACGAUUUUACAUAAUGUAUUUUACUACGUAGAUAUGUGUAGAUGUAUGAAAAUAUAUAAUAUAACGUAUUCACAGUUUUACUUUAGUCACCAAAUAUACAGUUCACGUAUAUAAAGUCAAUUCUAUAAAUUAGACUACAUCGUUUUCUAUUAGUUGAAAUAACAUAGACGAGUUUUAGAUCAAGUGAGGUUUUUUUAACGAAUAUUAAAUUUUAUCAUUUUUUACUAGCCACACAACGAAAGAACGAACAAACUUUCUAUAUACGUUUAUAUUUUUUUUUUUUUUUAAAUACUUAUUUAUCACGCCGUUAUCAAAACUAAACAAUGAUUGAGUUAAGAAAGGGUAUCUUAUUUUGUUAUAAUACGUGGAUGAAAUUAAUUCGUGCCAACUUCAAUGUGAUUUGUAAUAUUUUCAAUUGAAAUGAGAAUUCAUAUGAAAUCCGACGUUCAGUCGAUGUGACAAAUGUCAAACGUUUAUGGAUAUUUAUAUCUUCUCUGGAAGAUCAGCAUUGAUUCAAGAAUCAAUCCACGAUCUCUUGAAAUUAUCAUCAUUGAAGAUACACGACGCUAUGAAGAUAAUAUUUUUUUUUUUUGGAAUUGUUUUUAUCGUUUUCUACAUAUUUUUAUUUAAUGUCAUUUGAUUCAUUGGAAUAUCCCUGCGUUUGAUUAAAAACGAUUUAUAAUAUAUCUACGUCCGUGAAUUUAAUAUAAUUACUUUUCAACACGUCAAGAUCAUGGAUGCCAAAGCACAAGGAUUUUGACAUUGAGAUCAAGGUAUGAUCACAAUGCCGGUAUCUUUCUUUCUUUUUCUUUUUUUUUUUUUUUCUUUUUUUUAAUAAAGAUACGUUUCCUUAGCUAGCAUUUAGAUUCCGAUCAGUAAGAUCCGCCCACUUGACCCUCGGCGAAAAAGCUUUGCUUUUUGCAAUUUUGAGAACCGAAUUACUUAGUUCUCCGAACUCAUCUCCCUUUCUUUCAAAUGUGGACGUAAAACCCUCACCUUAUACUAAACUAUCAUCAUAAUAAUUUUAAAUCAUUACCAUUAUAUUCAUAACACUAAUUUCGUAUAACAGUUACGCGUUUGAAGCUUUAUAUAGAAAUUUCCUGGAAAAUUGUCGAUAAAAUCACUUCGAUCGUUUCGUUAAUUUUUAACAUUAAAUUAUUUAUAGAAUUAGUAAAAUAAUAAUUUUGAAAAUUUCAAAGAAUCAAUUUGAAUUUUAAACUUUGAAUUUUAAACUUAAAUGGUAAACUAUUGGUAAAAUUUUUGAAGAUUUUUGAUUUAGUUAAUUCGUUAUUAUAAUGGAGAGAAGCUUACAUAAAACGUCGUGGUAAAUAUACCGUAUGUUUCAUUUUAAACAAAAUAAUCUCCGAUCAUUUUACAAAUAAAUGUUUCAAAUAAAAAUUGCUAGGUUUUGUGGGACAAAUCUAAUAUUUAUUGCAGCUAUUUCAUAAAGGUCAUACUCUUAUCAAGAUACGUAAAUCAUAACAAUUUUUUUAAAUGAAAAUAAAUAUUUUCAAAUAGAAUUAAACAAAGAAAAAUAACAAUAAUUGUAAGUAUAAAUUUACUUUUUUUUUUUUUUAUUUUAUAAAUUUGCAUAUAAAUGCUAAAAUUUCGGUCAUCGAUUGAAAUGAUAGUAUUGCGAUAUUCAUUCUUGUUUUUUUCAAAAGUCAAACUAAACACACGUACCAAAUCUGAGUCAAGUAUAAUAAUUGUUAUAGGAUAUUUCUACGAUCAUUAAUGUUAUUACUGUUUCCAUCUUAUUCUUUCCAGAGUAGCUAAAUGUUUGGUAUUGGAAAAUAGCCAAUCGAGUAGAAAUUACGAGCUGACAUUCUCCUCCAACUAUGAGAUUUAUUUUAUUCAAGGUUAUCCCAAUGACAAAGAAAAGAAAAAAAAAUAUAUAUAUAUAUAUAUAUAUAUAUAUAUAUAUAAUAAAAUGCCAAAGAAAUGCUUAAUUUUAUUUGAUUAUUCUAUAUUGUUACAUUUAUCAUGAACUUUUUUAAGCUACCUAUAUUUUAAAUUAUUCAUACAUAUUCUAAUUAUUCAUGCUGUAUUUCGAAUUAUAUAAUACAAUGGGACAAUAUUUAAAUCUAUUUUUAUUUAAAUGUUAUUUUUCAAAUUAUUCCGGGAAACAUACAAACUACGAUUUUCAUUGUCGUUGCGAAAGAAAGAUAUUGCCAUAAAGAAAAAUAAAAAAUGACAGGAAUAAAAAAGUUAUGUGUAAGAAAAGAAAUUCAAAUGUUUCAUCAGAAGAAUUUCUUUUUUAUUUUUUUUCUUCAAGUGAUAAUUAAAUACACGUGUAAGUAAUCUAUUGAUAAUUUUAUUUAUAGUUUAAUAUCUCAUUGCUCAAAAUUUCCAUUCGAUAAUAAUGAUAACAAUUUACCUGAAAGUUUAUCGAGUAACAAAUUUUGUAUAUUUUCUAAAUGCUCAAUCAAAAUUUGUUUUUUCUUCUUUUAUAUUUUUGAAUUUUAAUCACGAAUUCGAAACUUUAAUUUCUGAUGUGCUAAAAUCAUCACAUGAAUUUUGCAUACCAAAUAAAACGUCAAAAUAUAAGUACUCUUGAUAAUAUUAAAUGAUAUUUCAUAUGUAACUUUACGAUUAGAUAAUUUGCCUUGGAAUAACGUAAUAAAUGGUCGUAAUAGUUUUUUUACUAAAAUAUAUAGAAUUAAUAAUAUCGAUUAUACAAAUUUUUGUUUCUUGAGAAAACAUAAGUACUUAUUUAAAUGCAUUUUCAUAAAGAGAUAUUUUAAAUAAAUUUAAAUGAAUAAUGCAAUACGUCAAUCGUUUUAUGUUAACCAUUUUAAUGCAAUGCAAUUUGUUGAUAAUAUGAUGGUAAAUUUGCAAAAAAGAAAAAUAACUGAACGUCAUUAAGUAUUUCUUAUCUGAAUUAACAUACAAGAAGGUAUUUAAAAGAGUAUAAAGGAGGUAGUUGAGUUAUUCAUUAAGACACAUGGUUGACUGUCGAAUAUCAGCUGAUAAUAAAAGUGAACCAAUCAUUAUAUAUCACUUCUGUUUCUUAAUUAAAACAAAAAAAAAAUUAUCACAAGAGU